ACUCUUCCUAUUUCUUCCCCACUGUUCUUCACCUUUUCCCUUCGUGAAGAUCUUUCUGCGAACAACGAAUUUUGUACUUUUACUGUGGGGUCGUGGUGAUGAGUUUGUUAUUCUUCUCAUAAGUAAAUACAGUGAAAAAUUUGUGGAAGUGGGGAUGCUUGUGUAACUUGCUUCAGUCCAAUGUCUUCUACAUGGAAUCGCACCAGAUACAACCAUGCUGCACCCACAAAGAUGUCCAAAACCUUUCCUUCAGCUGUGAUAAGAUUGUUUGGUACUUUUCUGUUUUGCUGGCAUAAACGAUAAAGUCACCAAUAAUGGUACAACUGAUGCCAAACAGAAUAUCUUUGCUGAGAAACCAUGCCUGUACCAACUCCUGGCUCUUACACUCAAGGUCCCAGUUGUUUUGAUCGAAUUAAAGUAGGCUUUGGAAUUGGCUUCUGUGUGGGCUUAGCUUCUGGUGCUUUGUUUGGAGGAUUUUCUGCUCUAAGGUAUGGAAUUAGAGGACGUGAACUCAUCCAGAGUGUAGGGAAAAUGAUGGUUCAAGGAGGUGGGACAUUUGGAACAUUCAUGGCUAUAGGAACAGGAAUUCGUUGUUAGUUAACCAUAUACAAAAGCAGUUUUUUACAUUAAUUUUAAGGCUGCAUUGCAGUGAUGCAUCUUUAGUUUCCAGUUUUUUUUCGAUGAAGAAAGCAUUUUGUUACGCAUUUGGAAGAAGUAUGGUAUUUUGUGUCAUUCACCUGAAAUGUGCCAUUAUAGCUGCAUUAUGGAAAGUGAGAUGAGUUAUUAAUGUAUGCUGAAACUAAAACUAUUCAAGCAUGAAGUUAAACGUAAUUAAUAAUUAUGCAAAAUUACUCAUUUAUGAUGAAAAAUUUAAAAAAAAAAUAUGUAUUGCCACAGGAGUAACGAGUAUGAAUUAGUGAACAAUAUCCUAUUAUAUAACAACACUAAAAUAUCCUUGGAAUAAGGUUGUAAGUUUCACUUUCGAUGUCACUAAAGUUGAUAAGUCGUUUUCAGAGAUGUGUAUUCUUUUUUAUAUGAAAGUACUGUGUACAGACAAUGAUUGAUUUUAUAAAUUAAAAAAAAAAAUUAAAUUUUUUUGUAGAAAAUAUAUUUGUAUUAAAAGUGCAUUAAACUGUCAAACAACAUAAA